AUGCUAUCUAAUUUUUCAAAUGGGGAAAUAAACAAUGAUGGUUACAACACCAAUACUAAGGGAACCAACAGAGACAAGAGUAUAGCCAACCAACAGACGAGACUUCUGAAUAAUCAGCAACCCAAUUCUGAACAAGGAGGGAGGAAAAGGACUAAGAAAAAGGGUAGAUUUAAAAAUAAGUCUCAGUUAUUUUCCAGACACAACCCAGUACAAUCAAAACCCUCAGAAUUGAAAACCACAAUCAGUCUGCAUAAAUUAGUAACAAACCUGGAUGCCAACCAUGAUCAAAAACUGCUUGGGGGUCAGGAAAGUGAGCCACGAGGCGGAAACGCGGAGAUACUGGAGACUGAAAACAUAUCAAACAAAACAUCCCCAGUCAAAAACAGUACUAAAGAGCCAUUAACACAACAAGCGGUCCCAAAAGAAACACCAGUAUUGCCCUCUCAACUUCUGUUCCAAGGCAUACCCAGCACAACUACUCAAGCACAAGCGUAUAAAUCACCACGAAAAGAAGUAUUGACUCGUCAAAAGCAAAACCAACAUGUACAAAACAACAAAAUUGAUCUUCGAGAAAACUUGAAAUCAAAAGAUGAAAAUAAUACCUCGUCUUCCACAGCUACUCACCAUGAAGAUCUAAGCCAACCAGUGAGCUUAAUGAUGGAAGAUAAAGUCACAUUAUUCAAAUACAAAUUUCUGAAUAUAAUCGAAUUACCCCACAAAAAUGACAAAACAGGAUCAUUAUUAGCUCAUGGUGAAUUUGAAAUUUUUCAAUUACUUAAUGGCGGAGUUACAUGUUUAUCAUGUGGUGGAAAACUGUUUAUAUAUCCAUUACUUCCCAAAAUUAAAAUUUUCAGAAUCAGUUUUAAUCAAUUUCUUAUACCAAUGUUGAAUCCUGAAAGGUAUUGGAAAAUAACUAUUGAUACUGAAGAGAGUAAUGUAUUGGCUAUACUUCAGGGGACAUUGGAAAGAAAUGUAAAUUACAUUCAUGUUAGUGAUAAAAGUAUAUCUGAUCAACCAACAUCGAAACAACAACAACAACCGCUGCUUCUGCUGCAUGGCGAAAGUAAUACACACGACGAACAAUUUGCUUCUGCUAGUACUCUUGAUGCUAAACCACAGGAAUUAAUGAAGAGUCCCAAUCCUAAUAAUAAAGCCUUCCCUACAAUUAUUGAUACGGAAAUACCAGAAUCACCACCAUCAGCACCAAUUUCACCUACUCAUUCGCCAGUACAACAUUUUGAACUAUCACCAAAAGCUCCGACACAUCAUGCAGCAUCCCUAUUGAAGAAAUCAUCACAACAGUCGUUAUCUACAAAUGUUGCAUGUCUUGAUUGGAAAUCCAAUUCACAACCAAACCAACAACAACCUAAAACAAGACGUUCAUUUCAUGCCAAUCCAUAUCGAUUGAGUAAUAAUGAGGGGGAUUUGUACAAUACUGGUAACAAACAUAACAAUACUCUUUAUCAUCAAAAUGGCAUUGCUCGCCCACAGUCGCAUAUCAAAACAGUUGAUGAGCAAUCAGAAGGAUCCAUGGAUUCAUUAUUGGAUGAAUUUGAACAAAAUAUAGCUAGGUCAGUAAGAAACCCCUCAGUCUAUUCACGACCUGCCUCCAGACUUCAAUCAGUUACAUCACAUCAUAAUCCUGUACCUACUUACUCAAGAGGUAAAUAUUUCCAUGGAAAUAUCGAUCGUGAUGACGAAGAGGAUUUAAACGAUGAGGAAGUGUUUGAGGAUGCACGGGGAUCCCUUGAUCGUAAGGGGAUGCUACCCAACGGAAGCAUCCAUGGACAUACAAUACGCAACGGAGGAGCUAAUGCGACCUCUGGUUAUGGACAUAUCAAUGGCGGUGGUGGUAGUGUGCAUGAUCGUGGGCUUCAUUCUGCUAGAAGUAGGAAAUCAUCACGGAGUGACUUGUAUACGAAUGAAAGUGGAUGGAUGGAACCAAAUAUAGAGCAAAGUGCAUACCAGAAGACCGCUGUGCGUGGUACUAGUGCAGGUGCUGGUUCAACAAAUUUAUCCUCAAGAUUACCCAAAUCACGAUCAAAUUAUAGUAUAAGCAGUUCAGUUUCAAAUGGAUACAAUUUAGGAAACAUUUAUCGAUCAGUGAUUGGUCAACUGCGUCGAGAUUCAUACUACAGUCAAUAUCAAAAUCAACCACAACAAUCACAACAAUCACAACAAUCACAACAAUCACAACAUAUGCCACUGCAGCAACUGAUUAGGAAUGGAUAUUACGAUACUAAUAAUCUUGAUUCUCGAUCAACGACAAAGUCAAUGUCUCGAUUACCUACUGUUCAUCGACAACUGGAUAUAAGUAGACGAAGACAAAGCACUUAUUUUGGAUCCAAUGCCAAUACCCAAUCGAUCAAUGGAUCGGUUAGUGGAAGUGUGAGAAACAAUAACAAUGCUGGUACUAGCGCUGGCGGUGGUAGCCGAAAUGUUAAUGUCAAGUUGAAUUCAAAUGAAAUUUAUCAGUUGUUGAGUACUAAAGAAGAACCAAAAAGGACAAAUUCAACAGAUGCGAAACCGAUAUCUAGAAGUACUAGUUUCACUUCAAGAUUAUUUGGUUGGUGA